UUGUAUAAAAGAGUAGAACAUUUUAGAAUUGGUUUUUAAUUUCACAAGAAGUUCUUACGUUAAUUCAAAACUGCACAAUGAAGGAUUGCAUCAGUAUUUUGGAUGGCGAGUUUCAGAUUGUACCCGUGACUCCAAACAUGUAUGAUGAAGUAGAAGAGUUGCUGGUCAGUAUUUCAGUAAACGAAGAAUUCGGAUGCCUAAUCACCAAUUUGCGGAAGUCGCCUUUGGCCAUAGGCGAGCUGCGUAAAUUGAUUAGGUACAUCCUGUCCUUGGGACUUUCCUUCGCCAUACGUCAUGUGGAGAGUGGGAGAAUCGUAUCAGGAAUCGCCAAUAUAAUAUUUAAUGUGAAAAGGAGGAGCUCAUAUUAUGAUGUAAGAGCCCAGAUGAAAAGCCCAAACAUGAUAAAGUAUAUGAUGUUGUGGGAUGCUGUCGAUUCGAGCUUCGAUGUCAAUGAGUAUUUCAAGAUGGACAGCACUAUUGAUGUAGAAUACUUGGGCACUUUGCCGGAUUUUAGGCGACGCGGCCUGGCUAAUAUUUUGUGCCAGCACUCCAUCGAUUCCGCGAGGCUUAUGGCACGGGGGCACCUUCCUCCGGAGGUAUUUGCCCGGCUGCCUGAGGAGAUGCAGAUUGAAAGACCAAGGGCCGUAGUCACCGUAGCCACUUCCCCAACUGCUCGCAAAAUGGGCCACAGUCUAGGGAUGACAGCUGUCCAUAAAUGGACCUUUUCGGAGCUAAGAAAUUUAGGUGGUAUAAUUACGGAGCCUGUUGAUGGAGAGUCUAAUCAAUACGUAGAACUGCAGGUCAUUGAAAUUUAGUUGCGCUUGAAAUAACUAAUAAACCACUUCUCAAAAUGUA